AUGACACAGAUAGGGAUAUCUUUGCCCUGGGGUCUGGGCCUAAGCAACCCAGCAAAACAGUGUGAUCUACAGUUCUCCGCCUCCCACUCCAUUUCCAAGCCACUGAUAGAGUCAGAAUACUCCUUCGGGUGCAUGGAUGCCCAGCUGUCAGCCAAAUCUGCCGUCAAACAGCUGCGCAGGGAACAAUCCACCCUAGCAGCAGAAGAAAUCAAGCAGCGUCUCACCCCUGCCAACACUAGGACGCUGGAUCUCGCAAGCGAGAGAGGUGCCUCCAAUUGGCUAACCUCACUACCGAUCUCGGAGUUCGGCUUCAGUCUACACAAAGGUGCCUUUGUGGACGCCCUAUGUCUACGCUAUGGUUGGACGCCUGGAGGUACGCCAAUACACUGCGACUGUGGUGCCAACUUCUCAGUCGAGCACGUCCUCUCUUGCCCCCGUGGAGGAUUUCCAUCGAUCCGCCACAAUGAAAUCAGGGAUAUCACUGCCGACCUACUCACAGAAAUCUGUCAUGAUGUCUCGGUGGAACCUGAUCUCCAACCCCUGACUGGAGAAACCCUUGCUCACAGAACCGCCAAUAUAUCGGAUGGUGCCAGACUUGAUGUCUCCAUGAAGGGGUUCUGGGGAGGACGCCAAGAGAAGACAUUCCUGGAUGUCAGGGUGUUCAACCCACAUGCUCUGUCAAACAAAAACUCUAGCAUUGCAAACUGUUACAAAAAGCACGAAAAUGAAAAAAAAAGAGCUUAUGAGCAACGAGUCCGAGAUGUCGAACACUCAACCUUCACUCCAAUAGUGGCAUGGCAAAACAGUCCACAACAUUCUACAAGCGACUUGCCUCUCGUCUAG